AUGCUGGACCCAACGGCCGUGGAACAAUUUACGUCGAUUACAGGCGCGGACGCUGCAACUGCAAGGUUUUUCCUCUCCGCUACCGGGGACGACAUGGAUGCAGCGGUUACGACCUUCUUCGAGACCGGGGGUGUGAUGCCGGCUGGAGCCACCCUUCCGACAACGACAGCGCGACCGGCUCCUACCCGACCACCGCCGUCAAAUUCGAAUCCUCCUGCCCAACCCGCUCGCCAACGGCGUCCUGCUGCGUCGGGCGUUGCCACGCUAAACUCUUUGCGUGAGGCACCGGAAGAUGACGAGCGAAACAGCUACUAUGCCGGCGGGGAGAAAUCUGGUCAGGUCAUUCAAGACCCUCACAAACGGAAAACCCAACCGGAUGCGUCAGCAUCGGCCAGCAACAGCGGCAACAACCCGUCCACCGAGGGUGAAGCACCGGAGAACCCGAAUCUCGCAGACGCCAUCUUCGAGCGAGCUCGUGAGCGUGGGCCUCGCACAGAUGAAGACCGCGAGGCGUUUGACGGGCCACAAACAUUCACCGGCGCCGGGUAUCGUCUCGGAGAUACUGACAGACCGCCUACUGUUGGGCCAGAUAUUUUGGUGAGGAGGAACAUAACUCGCAAUUUAACAUUUUACGCAAACGGGUUUACGGUCGAUGAUGGACCGCUCCGAGGCUUUGAUGACCCGGAGAAUGAGGCCUUUCUGGCUGAUGUCAAUCGAGGAGUAGUCCCAAGAGAGAUGGAGGAGCCCGGUGUAGGCGACGUCAGCAUUACCCUUAUCGACAAAAAGGGCGAAGAUUACGUCGCUCCAAAGAAAAAGAUUGUUCCCUUCUCGGGUGGCGGACAGCGUCUUUCUGAUGGUCCCUCAUCGGCAGCGCCAGCAGCGCCCGCUGAUGGCGUGAAUGCAGAGAACGCUGCCGCCUCUGUUUCUGUUGACGAGUCGCGUCCCGUGGCUUCUAUUCAGGUCAGGCUCAGCGAUGGCACAAGAUUAGUCGCAAGAAUGAAUGAGGACAACACUGUGCGGGAUCUACGAAGCUUCGUUGCAGCCUCUAGACCUGGCGUCGCUAGCUUCACGCUAGCAACAUCAUAUCCCCGCAAAAUACUGGAUGAUGACGAUAAGACCAUCAAGGAGGCCCAGCUGAAGGGUGCUGUCGUUUUGCAAACCUUAAAAUAGAUGCAAGCUUUUGAAAACGUGCUCCAGGCCUUCUGAGAGAAGGAGUUGCUAUACUCGGAUGAGACUGUGAUAUUGAUUGUCAAGCAAUUGACAACGUUCUUACAAUUUUUCCAUUCACGACCCAAUCCUUCACGAUAAUCUUGCUCUCGCCCUUACACUCUUUUCCAAUAUGGUGUUUUCCGGUGCAUAUAACUGCAGAGGGAGGGUGGACGGAGAGUCUCGUCGGGAGCUGGAGAGAAGGGAAAGCAAUUCUCUUGUUCCUUGCGUGUAUUUGUAGUGGUUUAUGUUUCGAGAACACGCGUAGCACAAAGUAUUUCACAUGGCCUCUGAACAGUAAUGUUACCCUCGGUCUGCGUGAGGCGAAGGUAUCAAGCCGCUACAUCCAAAGGUCUAUUGCGCUGAAAUGGCGAUGGCGUAUUGCCUCCCUUGCAACCGAGGAAAACCCGUAGAAACAGCGAAGUCUUCUCGCGAGAGAAAGUCAUUUCUUGGCCUGGAUUGCACUGACACGUGUACACAUGUACACGUACGUGUGACCGUUUUGUGAUGCAAGCGCUCCAGUGAAUCAAGAAUUUGAUCCGUUUAAACCAGCCAUUCACGAAGGCCCAGACA